AUGACGAUAGUGUUAAAUCAUUUCAAGAAAACCAAUACAUUUAUACCAGGAGUUAUCAAUCAAAAGAUAUUAGGAAAUUUAAGUAGAAAUAAUACAAGUUCAUCAAAAGAAUUAACAAAACAUAAAAAUGCAAAUGUAGAAAAGAAUUUACAAAAUGUAAAUAAAAAUUUAGAUACAGAAAAUAUAGAGUAUAAAUAUUCUCCAUAUUUGAAGCCUUUAGAAAUAAAAGGUAUAAAAAGAGCUGAUAGGAAGUUAGAUUAUAACAGUAGUUAUAGUUUCAUUAUUGCACAAAAAGAUUUUAGGGAAAACUUAAAAAAGAAAAAUAUAUUUACAAAAUAUUUAUACAAUGGAAUGAAAAUACCUUUACCACCCAAAAAAUAUAAACUAUCAGAAUAUGUUGAUGUUAGACUAGACAUGUUUUCUCCUAUAAUCAUUUCAUGUAUUUUAUGUGUACCUUUCUUUAUUGCCAGUAAUAUGUAA